AUGGGAAGAUUUAUUUUGAUACUGCUUUUCCUUUGUGGCUUUAGCUUUGCUCAAAUAUCUGUUAAUCAAGAUAUUGGCGGGGUUCCUGCUGCCCCGAAGGAGUAUACCCCGGCAGCUCGCCUUGGCCAUCGUAGCUCUGCCAAAAACCAAACCAAGUGGUUCUGUGGUGGCACAUUGAUCAGUGAUCGCGUGGUUUUGACAGCUGCUCACUGCUUUUAUUCGGAUGUUGGUUCAGUAAAUAUUGUGCGCCUCGGAGAACUUGUUUUCGACAGCGACAAGGACGAUGCCGAACCAGAGGACUUUGAAGUUCUCGAAAGGAAGGCCCAUCCAGAUUUUCGGUAUCCAGUUCUCUACAAUGACAUUGGGAUUAUCCGCCUGAGUGGGGAAGUCAGAUAUAACCGGUACAAGCUGCCCGCUUGUCUGCCCUUAAGUGGUGGAGAUCAGUUGGCUUCCUUUACGGCCAUCGGAUGGGGUCAAAAAGGAUUCACCCAAUACGAACAGUCCAAGGAACUGAGAAAGGUGGUUCUCCAAAACUACGGUCAGUCUUGUCGGAGGACAACAGAACCGAGCGAGGACUUGCCCGAAGGAUACAAAGCAGAUUCCCAGCUCUGUGUCGGAUCGCCGGGACAUAAGGACACCUGUAAUGGGGACUCAGGAGGUCCACUGCUUAUUAGUUAUACAGGAGAUGGGUGCCAACAUCAAGUCAUGGGGAUCACGUCAAUUGGAAUCGCAUGUGAUACUCCGGAAUUUCCCAGUUUGUACACAAGGGUGCACUUCUUCCGGGAUUGGAUCAAAAAAGAGUUGGCAAACAUUUAAAGAAAAUAAGCAACUACUGCUAGCAUCGGGUCCAAUAACUGUUUACUAUAUACAAUAGGGGAUUUUUUGUUGAAAAUUUAAAUACUUUUUUGCCAGAUUCGCAUUAGCAACAAUUCUCUCUUUUCAGAGAUAACUAGUUUCAGCAUUAUCGAUGAUUCAAGUCGAGCUGUAAUAAACUUUUUACGUUUUAAUCAAUAAAAUUCUAUUCUAUAA